UAUAAAUCAGAAAUACUAUGCCUUUCCUCCAACCAAAUUAAACUUUAUUAUGCCAACCCGAAGUCGAAGUGGGUCUCGAUCCCGCUACUCCCGCGCGGAGCAGCACGCGCCGACGCGGCCGCCCACCGUCGUGGUGACGCCGAUGCCGCGCCGCUCCGUGUUCCGCGACGCGGCGGCGGUGGCCGGCGGCGUUACCGUCGGCACUACUAUGGGCCAUUUAGCCGGUGAAGCUAUAACCAGCCUAUUCACCGGCCGCCGCCGGGAGGAGGUGAUGCACGCACUACCGCGGAACUACGAGCUCGGCACCGAGCCCAGCGGCCCGUGCGCAUACGAGAUCGCGCAGUUCCUGCAGUGCGCGGCACACCGCGAGAACUUGCAGGAGUGCGAGGCUUUUAACGAAGCGCUCUUGGAGUGCAAGCGUCGGAACCGUUAGUUUGAUAAUAUUAACUACCACAGAUAAUAUAAUGCUAGAUAGCACUCAAAGAAUUUUUAAAACAAUUGGGAAUAGAUGAAUAUAUAGGGUGGUAGCUGUGCGCGGUACCACGAAGAAAAGCAAGUAUUUCUAAAGAUCAU